AUAUCAUAUCAAUAAAUUUAAUUAGACAAGUAGUAACUCUUCAACAUUUAUUCUUUGUUCCAAAUUCAUCAAAUCUCUAGUGAGAGAAUGAACCCUCGUCCAUUAUUCUAUAUUAGAAAUUGCUGUAUACUUUGACUGGCUAUAUACCACAUUUAAUUUACUCUCCCCAAGAAUAAUGACCUUCUUCAACACCAUCUUUUUCUUCAAACAACUUUGGAUCAUCGCCACCUUCACUUCCCUCUUCCUCUUCCUCCUUAACUACCACGCCACCCCUCCCUCCUCCGUCUUCCACCGCCCGUCCUCCGUCAACCCCACCGCCACCGCGACCGCCGCAAGCCACAUUGUUUUCGCCAUCGCGUCCUCCGCAAAAACCUUCGAGAAGCGCAAGGACUACGUGCGCGUGUGGUACACGCCGAACACGACGAGGGCGUACCUCUUCCUCGACCGCCAGCUCAACAACGGCACUGAGACCGACCCGACCCUCCCUCCUGUCCUCGUCCACGAGAGCACGGACGGGUUCCCUUACAACAACAGCAAGGGGGACCGGUCCGCAGUGGCGAUGUCACGGAUGGUCAAAGCCGUGACAUCAGCACUGCGGAACGAGUCCGAGGUGCGGUGGUACGUGUUCGGGGACGACGACACGGUGUUCGUCGUUGACAACGUGGUGAGCACGUUGUCGGCGUACGACCACGAGGAGUGGUACUACGUGGGGGGGAUAUCGGAGAGCUACGAGCAGAAUGCUUAUUUCUCGUUCGAGAUGGGAUACGGCGGCGGAGGGUUCGCGCUCAGCCGCGGCUUGGCGGAGGUCUUGGCAGGAGUAGUGGAUUCUUGCAUCGUGCGUUACCCGCAACUCUACGGCAGCGACGCCAGGAUCUUCUCUUGCCUGGCGGAGCUCGGCGUGGGAUUAACGCAUGAACCCGGUUUCCACCAGGUUGAUCUAUGGGGAAACCUGUUUGGCUUGCUCACAUCACACCCACAGUCCCUUUUAUUAUCCCUACACCACCUGGAUGGAGUUCAGCCCCUCUUCCCCAACAUGUCCCGCCUCCAAGCUCUCCACCGCCUCUUCACCGCCGCCCGAGCCGACCCGGCAAGAAUCUCCCAGCAAACCGUCUGCUACGACCCGAACCGCUCCCUCUCCGUCUCCCUCGCGUGGGGCUACACCGUUCAGAUUUACGAGGAAAACCGUCCCCUCCCCGACCUCCUCCAGCCCCUCCAGACCUUCCACCCCUGGAACAGAGAAAAGCGGACCCCGCGUUUCAUGUUCAAGACUCGACGCGUUUCCUCCCACCCUUGCAGAAGGCCCCUCGUCCUCUUCUUGGAUCGCGUCGAGUCGGAUGGCGGGCCCGGAGGGGCUGUUCGGACUAGGUACACCCGACAAAGGCAUUUGAAGCGUUGCUUCAGAAAUCUUGAUCUGGCGCACUUGCAAACAGUCAACGUUUAUUCUAACAAGCUGGAUGUCAGAGUGAAAGCUCCGCAACGACGACAGUGUUGCGACAUUUCGUCAUCUUGGGAUGAAUCGAUGGAUAUACGAAUCAGAUCAUGUGGGAGAGAUGAACUGACGGCCAUCCAUCAUCACCAUUAUUAUUAUUCCCCCAAGACCAUCUUCCUACUCUCCUCCUCCUUGUUGGCCAUAUUCCUCCUCUCUUCCUUCCUCCUCCUCCCCGAUUCCGCCCUCUCCUUCCUCCUCCGUGGCUCCGCCUCCGCCUCCCAACGCCAUGCCCCGCUGCCCCCUCCGCUCUCCCUCCGCCACGUCGUGUUCGGGAUCGCCUCGAACGCGAACUCGUGGCGGAGGCGCAAGGAGUACGUCAAGCUCUGGUGGCGUCCCGCGGAAAUGAGGGGUUGCGUUUUUCUCGAGCGGGAAAACGCGACCUCUGCCUCCGACAACGACACCGCACUCCUCCCGCCCGUGUGCGUCUCCGGGGACACGUCCCGGUUCCGCUACACGUACGGGGCGACGGGGAAGGGGACGCCCUCGGCCAUACGCGUGGCCCGCGUGGUUUCAGAGACCGUGGCCCUGAACCACACGGGCGUGAGGUGGUUCGUGUUCGGGGACGACGACACCGUCUUCUUCCCAGAGAACCUGGUGAAGACGCUGUCGAAGUACGACCACGGGUUGUGGUACUACAUCGGGGCCAACUCCGAGAGCCACGCGCAGAACAAGUUCUUCUCCUACGGGAUGGCAUUCGGCGGGGCCGGAUUCGCCAUAAGCUAUCCUCUCGCUAAAGUCUUGGCUAGAGUUUUGGAUUCAUGCCUGGAAAGAUACCCACAUCUUUAUGGAAGUGAUGCCAGAAUCCAUGCCUGUUUAUCCGAGCUCGGCAUUUCUUUAACUCUCGAGCCCGGAUUUCAUCAGUUGGAUGUUCAAGGGAACGUGUUCGGAUUGCUGGCGGCGCAUCCGGUGAGACCGUUGGUCUCUCUCCACCAUAUGGAUGUAUUGUUUUCGAUAUUCCCACACAUGACGAUAAUCAAAUCUCUCCGGCACCUGUACGCCGCCGCGGCCGUGGACCCGCACCGGAUCUUGCAGCAGACCGUGUGCUACGACCGGUGGUUUUCGUGGACGGUGUCGGUGUCGUGGGGGUACGCGGUUCAGGUGUUCGGGAACCACGUCCGGCUGCCGGAGGCUCUCCGGGUGCAGCAGAGCUACAUGCCGUGGAAGAAGGGCGGGAAGGGGAUGGUUUAUGACUUCGACACGUGGGAUUUCAACCCUGACCCCUGCCGGAGGCAGCCCAUUUUUUUCUUCACUAAUGCUUCUUCCGCCGCCGCCGGUGAUCGGGUCUCCACCGUAUACCGGAAGAUGACCAAGGAGAAAUGCAGAUUUGACUUGGCAUCUCCGAGGAAACUUGAGGAAAUCAAGGUUCAUUCCCACAAGUUGGUCCUUGACCGGAACCAGUUGCUAGCACCAAGAAGGCAAUGCUGCGAUGUGUUAGCUUCAACAUCAGAAAGAGUAAUGGAGAUUGAGAUUAGAGAAUGCAAAGAAGAUGAGAUUACUUUUCUCCAACAAUGAUGAUAAUGGUGGGUGUGACCAAAUUUCUCACUAUCAAAGUGCUUAAUUACUGUAAUUUUAGACCUGAGAUCCAUUUUUGUUUGAUUUGGUUUAAGGACACAAAGUCAUGUAUGUAUGAGUAAAUAGGGACAGAAAUUUAGGGCUGGAAUUUCAAUGUUCUCUGCCCAUAGGUCAUUAGAUCAACGUGUAACCGCUUCUCGUUUUGAAAUGGCGAAUCUCUUCAAGGAAGAGAAGAAGAGGGAAGGAAAGAACAAUUGGGGAAAGAUUUGAUUCCAUGUCUUGCAAAGGAAGAGACAAAUAAUCCUUUCCUCUAAAAAAUUUGACUUAACAUA